AUGCUAGGCACGGAGUUCAUUCGAGUCACAGCCCGUGUGCGGCCCUCUGCUUCAAGAAUCCCUCAGGAAAGGAUACUGAGUGUUUCGGACACGAGGAACUUGUGUUUCAAUCCGAAAAAUCCCAAAAACUUCACAUUUGAUGUAGUUUUCGGAGAAGAUGCAAAUCAGGAGAAAGUGUUUGAAGACCUUGCUAGUCGGAUAAUAGAUGGCUGUGUAGAUGGGUACAACGGCACAAUUUUUGCAUAUGGCCAAACUGGGUCUGGAAAGACCCAUACGAUGUUAGGACCACAUCAUGUCGAAAAUUUCUUGUUGGAUUCAGAACAGCGUGGGCUUAUUCCACGCGCAUGCGAAGCAUUGUUCACCAAGCUUUGUACCCGAGCUGCUGAAAAAGGCGAAAAUUUCAAAUAUGGAGUAUCAUGUAAAUUUGUCGAGCUUUACAAUGAAGAGUUUUAUGAUCUGCUUGGAAAUUCUCAGCAGAAAUUAUCAAUCCGCAGUGAUUCGACGAUUGUACAACUCCUUGGGGUUUCUGAGCAUUCUGUACAGUCCAGUUUUGAUAUGAUGAGGAUACUUGAAGUUGGUUGGGAUGCUCGUCGCACGGCAGAAACAGCUAUGAAUCGUGAAUCAUCGCGGUCUCAUGCGAUUUUCAUCGUUGAGGUCAAGACAGAAGAACUCAUCAAUACCAUCGUCAACAAAAAAUGUGCAACUUUGAAUCUUGUAGACCUGGCGGGGUCAGAACGUCAGACUCAAGCGAAAACGGUUGGAAAUCGUUUCAAAGAAGCGAUUAACAUCAAUUUGUCCUUAACAGUUCUUGGACGUGUGAUUCGAACACUAUCUUCUGCUAACAAAGGUGAUGGGCAUGUACCAUAUCGAGACUCUAAACUGACCCAUAUUCUACGAGAUUCGCUUGGAGGCAACAGCAGGACAGCGGUCAUAGUAAAUUUGCAUCCGGACAAAGGAUAUUACUCGGAGACACUUUCAACGCUGCAGUUUGCGUCCCAUUGUCGUAAAAUUGAAAAUAAAGUACACGCAAACGAGGAUCUGUCUGGCGACACGGUAAUGGCGUACAAGAGCGAAAUUAAUCGGCUAAAAGAUGAGCUGCUAGCAAUUGAAGGAAGAGUGCGCUCAGAGCUGGAAGCUAAAAUAGCCUUAGUUGAAGACGAACUCAAGCAGUGGAAAGAGCUGGCUAUUGCUCGUGAGAAGAAACUUGUUGAAACACAGCUUCAACGUGAUGUUUUUGCUGCGCAAAUACCCUGCAGGCCAGCUAGUGAAGGAGAUGCCAAGCCACAAGACGAACUAUUGCGCGAGAUGACGGCGAAGCUGAACGACAGGAUAGAUUCAAUUGAGACCUUCGAAGCAUUGACUCGUGUUCAGUUGGAAAAUGACCUGUCUAACGCACUCCGUGAACUCGAUCAAAUGAAAGCUCGCUAUGAAAGUACUGAAGCGGCCAGAAAAGCUUUAAACGAGAAAUACGGUAACGUUUUGGAAGGAUACGAUGAGACACUAGGAUCACCUCUUCGCAGAUUGAAUUUGAGUACAACACCUUCUCGUACUCCGAUGGACAGUUUGAAGCUGACGGCUCGAAAAAGAAAGGAACGACGACAAACUUUAUUUACGCAGAAAAAUCCGUCAGACCGGAAAUCACGAGCGUUUAAGCCGGUGCUCUUCGACGAUAGUGUAGUUGAAGAUGUUCCCUCUCAAGGAAAUCUAGAAGAAGAUCGGGAUAUGAUAGAAGAGCGCGAGUUACUACGUCUCGAAAUGGAUAACAACCGCCUGUCACAAAUCGUCGCUGAGAAGGAUUCACAAAUAGAAGACCUUUGCGAAAAACAGAAAGACCAGGCCAAGGAGUGGCUCUCAGAAAAGAAAAAACUGCUUGAAUCAGAGUCGGUGCUAAGGACGCAAGUACAAAGCUUGGAGACGGAAAAUUAUGGACUUCAGGAGAAACUAGUGGAUGAAAAACAGCGAAACGAACUGCUCAGCUUGAAAAUUUCUACAGCCAAUGAUGAGAAAUGCCGCCUACAACAGGAAAUUGACGUCAUACGAGCAGAAAACUAUGAUUUGGAGGACAAAGUUCAGAUUUUGCAAAAUGAACAGGAGCAAUUUGUUACUGAACUCAAAAGUGUAGCAGAUUUGGAGUCGUCUAAAGUUGAACUUGAAGAGAAACUUCGUGCUGCAAGUGAAAAAGAAAUAUUAGCUGAAGAACGAAUGCAUGAAAUGGAGGAACAAUAUAAGUUGCAGUCGUUGGAUCUGCAGGCGAAAGCUGAGGAGUUCGAGCAGGUUACCGCUGCUCUUGCGCAAAGAAGUGCGGAACACACCAAGCUCAUUCGACAAAUAGAGGAGUAUAAGGCAGUUAUCCAAGCAAAAGAAGAGAAGAUGGAAACAAUGGAAUUUGAACUUAAUGUUAAAACUGAAGGAGAAACCGUUCUAACUAAUCAAAUCAACGAACUCAAGAUGAGCAUUGGCCUCCUGCAGCAAACAAAAACUAAACUGGAAAAAGAAAGCAGAGAUGAAAUAAAACAGUUGGAAAGUCGACUCGCGGAGGAACGUAAGCGUGCAGAGAAAGAAAUUGAAGCUGAACAAAUUGCCCAUGCGGUGACAAAAGAUGCGUUGCAGUCUAAAAAGAACGAACUUAAUCAUGUAAUAGCUUCCCUACAUGAGAAGAACGAUGAGUGUAUGGAGGUCCAGCUUCAGCUUGACAUUUGUAAGUCAACGGUUGCUCAGAAAGAAAAAGCAAUUGUGGAAGUGGAGAAGAAACGAGAAGAAGAGGUCGCUAAACUGAAAAGACGACAUGCCGAUGAGCUGAAGAAUGUACAGUCUCAGGUUGGGCUGGAGCAGAGUGCUCAUGUCAAAACAAAGCAGCAAUUCACGGAGUUCCGGAAGACAGCUCAAGAAACAUUUGAGAAGAAAUUGGCAGAGCUAAGAGAAACGUUUUCGACGAAAGAAAGGCGCAUGACAACUGAUAUUGACGACAAGGGGGCGCGAAUAUUUCAAUUACAAGCUGAAAAAGAGUCAUUGGUUCGUAGAAACCAAGAGCUGGAAGCUAACCAGAAGCAUAUUCAAGAAGAGUUGGAGAACAGAACAAAGGAAAUAGAGAUCUUCCGGUCUACAAAGGAACAAGAUGAUCGAGCGUUAGUGGAACUUGUUGGCCAUCAGAAUCAUAAGCAAAAGCUCAGCUAUGUAGAGAAGAUGCGAUUUGAGAACUACAAUUUGAAAAAACGAGUGAUUGAACUUGAAGACGACGUGAAACGCUAUCAGAGCAUCUGUGGAAGAGUCAAAAAGGACCGAAAAGAAAGCGGUCCUGCCUCCAGGACGCGGAGCGCUCGGGGUAGUGAAUGUUGA